CCCGCAUGACUCGCAUCGCCACCUCGCACUCAACCGCCACAUAACUAAUACGUUCGAUUGUAUUUAUACUGCGCCGGUAUAGCCCAGUUUUGUUCAAGCUCCCAUUAUCGCUGCCACACAAACUCACGCAAAAAUGACGUCCGAAAACCCCAUCCCCACGGUCGAUCUCACCUCCUUCAGCUCGCCCUCAACACACUCCGACGCCGACCGGCUCGCCGCCGGACAAGCCUUCGUCGCGGUGCUGCACCGGUAUGGAUUUGCCAACGUCAUCGGCCACGGCUUCACCGCCGACGAGAUCAACCAAGCAUUCCAAUGGAACAAGACUCUGUUCGACCUGCCUUACGCCGACAAGAUGAAGGCUCCUCACCCACCCGGACCGUUCCCGCACCGCGGCUACUCCGGCAUCGACCAUUACGCACGCGCCGACACCAACACCUCCACUUCUCCCGACGGGGAAGAAGCUACGCGCAAGAUCUCGGACCUCAAAGAGAGCUUCGAAGUCGGCAGCGCGCACGACGACCAACAGCAAAACAUCUGGCUGCCGGACGACACCCUGCCCGGCUUCCGCGCCUACGCAACCUCGCUCUACGAGCGGCUCGCCGGCGUGGGAUCGGUACUCCUCGCCGCCAUCGGCCUCGGCUUGGGCCUCGACGCCCAGGAGCACGACGCGCUCCAACACCUCGCCUCCCACCGCCACAGCCAGCUGCGCCUGCUGCACUACCCGGCCGUGUCCAAGGCGCGCCUGCGGCACGACGUGCGCGCGCGCAUGCCGGCGCACAACGACUGGGCCACGUUCACGAUGCUGUUCCAGGACGGGGAUAGCGGCGGGCUGGAGCUGCGCGAUCCGCAGACGGGGGGGCAGUUUCUGCGCGCGCAGCCGGAGGGGGGCGCGCUGGUGCUGAAUGUGGGGGAUAUGCUGGAGCGGUUUACGAACGGCUAUUUCAGGUCGGCCGUGCAUAGGGUGUCGGUGCCGGAGGCGGAGAUGGUGGACGAGGAGACGGGGGUGCCCGCGAGGCGGUCCAUUCCGUUCUUUGUUAGCCCUGCGCCGUCGCAUACGGUGGCGACGCUGUCGCGGUUUGUGAGUGACGAGAACCCGAGGCGGUAUGAUCCGGUGCGGUUUGGUGAGUAUGGUGCGUCGGUGAGCAAGUAUCAUUACCAGGUGGGGAAUAUUUGAGGUAUUUUGAGGUUUUGCAUGGGUAAUUGCGACUUCACUCUAUAUCUAGACUUGUAUGACUUUAGCAACGUAAGUGGUGUGCGCUCAUGUGAUCCUAACCAAGAUAGGUAGGUAGUUGGUGUCCUAACCUCGAUGCCAUCGACAGUGUAUGGGACGGCCAUCUGAUAAUCAUGACAACCUGCCAUAUCACGCUCGUCGAUAGAGCUCUGAUGGAAU